AUGCAUACCGUCUUCUUUGUUUCUUUUCUGAGUUUCGUGCUUAACGGGUUUCAUAUUCCGUUUCUUGUCUUCUUUUUUUUCUUUGUUUUUAAUGUAAGCUUCCUUCUUUUUUAUUUCUUACGUGUUUUACUGUUUUUCUUUCUGUUUUUCUUUUUCUCAGGUCUCUUUAUUUUUCUCGUGUUUUUCGUUUUUUCACGUCUUUUAUUGUUUUUCUUUCCAUUUUUCUUUUUCUUACUUUUUUUAUUGUUUUUCUUUUGUUUUUUUCUUCUUUUUCUCCCGUGUUUUCUUUUUCUAACGACUUUUAUUGUUUUUCUUUUUCUCACUUCUUUUUGUUUUGUUUUUUUGUUCUUUUCUUUUUCUUACGCUUUUUCUUUUUUUCUUUUGUUUUUUUUUUUCUUUUUCUCACGCCUUUUCUUUUUACUCACGCCUUUUCUUUUUUUUCACGUCUUUUAUUUUUUUUCUUUCGGUUUUUCUUUUUCACACGCCUUUUCUUUUUCUCCCGUCUUUUCUUUUUCUCACGUCUUUUAUUGUUUUUCUUUCGGCUUUUCUUUUUCUUUAAUUUCGACUUUCUUCACGUCUUUCCUUUCGAUUCUCUUUUUUUCAUCCAGCUAUCUAUCUAUCUAUCUAUCUAUCUAUCUUUUUUUUCUCUCUCUCUUGAAUCUAUCUAUCUAUUUAUCUAUCUAUCUAUCCCAUUCUGUUCAUAUCUAUCUAUGUAUCUGUCUCUCUGUCUAUCUAUCUAUCUAUCUAUCUAUCAUUCUUUACUUAUAUGUCACAAUCUAUGUAUCUAUCUCAAUGUUCUCAUAUCUAUCUAUCUAUCUAUCUAUCUAUCUAUGUUCAUUUCGAUCUAUAUAUCUAUAA